ACGGUCACACUGCAGGGCCGCUCCGAAAAGAACAGCUGAUCGGUGUCUGUUUUUUAUUGUGAAAAAAGGGGAGCCAUAAUAAUCGUUGUGAAAUAAAUAAUGAUUGGCACUCUGAGCCAGUGAGACGCAGUGAAUCGCAGCAGCAGCAGAGCCACCACGAUGCGCGAGCCCAAUCUGUACGUGAUCCUGUCGCACGCGCUAAUCGGUUCCGGCUUCUUCUUCCUGUACGUGCAGCAUGUGCGCGUGAUCUUCGAGACGCGCACGAACAUCCAGCAGCUGAAUCAGCUAGAACGGGAGGCGCUCCUGCGGCGCGAGGAUGCUUUGUAUUAUGCGUUCUACAAGCGGCUGGCCGAUGGCCCAGAUUUCUGGCACGGCUAUGAGCAGCUCAAGAACAUCACGGACAUUGAGUAUCCGCACAGCGUGAAUGUGCUGCAGCGCUUCUAUGUGCUGCCCGAGUUGGUCACGGCCUACUUCUACCAUGUGGUGCGCGCCGGCUUCAAUCCGAUGGUGCAGCCCAUGCAGUUCUACCUGGAGUUCGUCUGGCUGAUGGGCGGCGUGACCCUGCUGGUCCUCUAUCUCUACGGCACGCUGCUCAGCGAGAAUGUUUUCGGUGGUAUCUACGGCGUGAUCUCGUAUUUGAUGUUCCACAGCUUCGUGGCCAAGAUCUACGAGCGUCCGCUGGCGCGCGAGAACUUUGCCUUUCCCUUCAUCUUCCUGCAGAUGUUCUAUCUGUGCAUCUGCAUUGGCAGGAUCAUCCAUCGGCAGAAGCACACGUCGCGGCUGUUUAUGAUCUUUGCCAUGUCGCUGUUCACCGCCUGCGCUUUGCUCUCCUGGCAGUUCUCCACCUUCAUCUUCACCACGCAAAUACUGAUUGUGAUGACCUCCUGGAACGUCAGCGCUUUGCCCACCGGACUGGCCAACGCCUUUGCUUUAGACUACUCCUUAUCUCACCUUCUUGGCCACGCUCUGGCCUUUGUGAUGUCGCACGGCAACAGCCAGCUGCUCUUCACCUGGCAGCUCAGCGUCUCGCUGUCGCUUUUCCUCAUCACAGUGGUGCGUCAGCUAAGGGCGGUGCGCAGCAGGCGGCUGGGUCAUGCCCACGAUCCGCUGCAGAACGACUACUUCUCGCUGAAGUUCAUCCUGCUGGCGCAGCUCUUUGCGAGCAGCAUGCAGACCAAGCUGCUGGAGCUGCUCAAUCGGGCCGGCGUGGUCAAUGUGCCGGAUGGGGCGCACACGCACUACUGCGAUCUGUGGGCCCACUGGGCGCUGCAGGUGAACGUGGGCUUUGUGGCCCACCUGUCCGCCUGCAAUCCGCUGUACGAGCGCAUCGCCUGGUCGGAACUUUGGCAGCUGGUCAAGACGAUGAUCGUGAAGCCGUACUGCAUGUACGGCGUGGUCAUGCUGGCCAUGUUCUUUCGCCGCUGGCGCAAGAGUGGCGCCCCUGCCACGGCAGCUAGCGAGGAGCAGCGCGAAAGGGCCCGCAACUAUGUGCUGGAGGACUUUCUCGAGGAGCAUCGCGUCUCCAUGGGCGACAUGUCCAAUCGGCAGACGGAGCAGCAGCUGCAGCAGUGCUUCCGGCUGCUCGAGAGCUGUGAUUAUGACUACGAGCGGUAUAAGCGGGCCCAGGAGCGCCUGCGCAAGGAGCAGCCGCCGGCACGGGAUGACUUUAUGCAGGACAUCCGGCGGCUGAGGGCGCAGAUUCAUCGCAACAGCGACAAGCAGCGAAAGGAGCGGGCGCAGGGAAGCAAGGAGGAGGAAAAGGAGAAGGAGAAAGAGGAGGAGGAGCAAGCUGAAGCUGAACCAGCAUCAGAUCUGCCGUCCAAGGAGGAGAAGGAGAAGCCAAAGCAGAAGCGCAGCGCCUCCAGACGAAGCUCCGUGGUGCCCACCACAAAUUCGCAGAUCCUCAAUCUGCACUACAUGUACAGCUUCCUGCAGAUGCUCGUCUUCACUGUCAUCGGGCUGGCCGUGCGCAAGCUCUUCUUCCUCAGCUUCACGCAGGGCUGCGUGAUAGCGCCCACCGUUUGCUCCAAAGUGUGGUAUCACCGCCAGCGAAACAUCUUCUGGUCGGUCUCGCUGGCCGUCUUCCUGCUCAGCAUGUUUGAUCCGGGAAUGGUGAACAUUCGCGAGGAGUACUUCCCCACGCGCUUCGCCCAGAGCGGCGAUGACCUGGACAGCAUGCUCGAGUGGAUCAAGCUGAACACGGAACGGGAUGCGGUCUUCGCCGGGCCCGUGGAGAUCAUUGGCACCGUGCAUUUGACCACCAGGCGGCCGAUAGUCAACCAUGCGCACAUCGAGAUGCGUCAGAUGGCGGACCGCACGGAGCACGUGUACUCGGUGUACAGUCGCCAGCAGUCGUCGGAUAUCUACAAUCAGUGCGCCCAGCUGAAGAUCCAGUACUUGAUCAUAUCGCUGGACGAGUGCACCAAUGAAGUGCGCGACGAUUGCGACCUGCUGGCCAUUUGGGAUGACAAGCAGCCGGCGUACCAGAAGUACCCGCAAUUCUGCCACGAGCUGCUGCACAAGAACGUGCCCAGCUUCCUGAAGGUCUACGCCAACGAUCACUACGGCAUCAUCAAGAUGUUCUCGCAGAGCGUGCAGAUCAACCUCAAGCACAACAAAAUGCCCGAGAUGUCCAUAUAGGAGUGGGAUUGGUGGCGGGAUAAAAGGGGGAAUGAGCUGUGUGACUAGGGAUUAGCAUUUUAUUAUGUAUUAUGAUUACGUUUAGUAUUGCCCUGGCUUGCUGGGUUCCCAAUCUUAGUCCCGCUACCACCUUCCACCAGAUGAUCACCUCUUCCGCUAGCUAGUAAAACUGGAUGCAUUUAGCAGCUUGACUUGUUUCUUCAGCCCGCUCCGCGCUCCUUGGAUCAUUCCCCGCGCCCCUCGCAUUCGAAUAAGUUAAUCUAGCCGUACGGACCGACUCUAAACUCUAAAAUCUAAAAUACUUUCGUUAAGUUUAAGCUAAGCUUUUUACAUUUACGUAGGGAGAACAUUGUGUGUGUGAAUAUAUGACGAAUAUGACGUGUGGUCACCGAGUUGGGUGGCUGAAAUGUGAAAUGUGUCCCCGAUAUCCAUGAAUCCAUGAUCCACAAACCCAAGAACGGGCAAAAUGCGUUUUGCCCAGCAAUAAGUGAAAUAAAACGAUGCAGUUAAAACUA